AUGGUUCAGCUUCGUCUGGGAAAUCCCACAGAAGUGGUGCUGACAACUGCCCCUUCGAAUUUUACGUUUACACGUGGCAGCACCACAUCUGGUAAACAGUGGCAGCCGCGAGAUGGGAAAUUAUUGCUCCCAAGCAACAGCUUUCACGCUUAUGCGGAAACGCAGGCCACCGCUUGGAAGGGACUGGAUGAAGAAGUUGUAAUAUGCGUUGCAGCUCUGGGUCAUGAUGUUGGACAUCCCGGACUUAACAAUGCUUUCCUCGUGUCAACCAAUCAGUCUCUUGCUCUUGUAUACAACGAUAACGCCGUUCUGGAAAAUUACCAUGCAUAUAUAACUUUCAGGACAAUCUCAGCCACAGCGGAGGUGGACGGAGGAAUAUUGAGAGGGCUUUCAGCCAGCGCAUAUCGCCAGUUAAGAAAACAAGUGAUCGAUUUGAUUCUUGCAACAGAUAUGGCGCAGCACUUUCCUAUUCUCUCAUCUUUCCGUGCACGCAAUGCUUCCCAGACGUUUUCUGUUAGCUCCAAUGAAGAAGAUAAAUGGAUGCUCGCAAAGCUGCUAAUCAAAACAGGGGAUAUUGGGCAUUCAAUGCUUGCCUGGGAACAACACUACAUGUGGGCUUGUCGAGUUAAUGAGGAGUUUUAUAAACAGGUCAGUCCACCAUUAAGAGCCUAG